CCAGUCGUAACGCAGCAGAAAUAAUGAGUUGUUUUGGUCUUGUGUUGAUUUUUUUUUCUACCAGGCUGCUCAGAUGUAGUCUAGAUUAGAUUCUAGAUCUAGAUCUAUAUCUAGUUGCGUAAAUUUACCUAUUGCUUAUCAACUUAAAAAAACGAGAAAAUGGCUAUACCUGGUUCUGUGAUAGCAGCAGGAUGGAUACCGUUUCUUGUUGUUAUUGUGCUAACACUUCUUUUUGCUGGCUUCUACAUUCGUUAUUUCAUGCACAAAUAUGAUAGUGAAUUGUCAACAACAUUGUCUGCAAUAGCUGCUCUGACAGUAACUCUCCUUACGUCUGCACUAGUCCCCGUGGACAUUUUCCUUGUGUCCUUCAUGAAAGAAUCUGAUGGUACUUUUAAGGAAUGGGCCAACAGUUCUUCAGUGCGUUCAGAAACUGAAAAUUCAGUACUCAUUGGUUACUACGUGUUGUAUGGUAUUGUUGCAUUUUGCUUAUUCCUGUACUUGCCAUUCAUGUACUUUUUCUAUGAAGAAAAGGAUGAAGAAACAAACUGCAAAUCUCGUUGCUGCACAGCCUUAAAGUACUCCAUUGUAACUGUUUUGAUUGCCGCCACCUUUUUGUUAAUCGGGGCAUUUGUCCCUACCAAGAGUAACAUCAACAGUAACAGCACUGACUGGAAGAAAAUUGAAGCUUUGUUCAGUGAUAUGGCUAGCAAUGGAAUAGAAGAUUCUUUGUCCUUCGUAAUUAGUGUUUUUAGUCUAAUUGGAAUGCUUGGCAUAGUUUCAUACACAGCCUAUGGAAUGUCUGCCUUGCCAAUGGAUCUUGUAAAGGGUACCCGAAAUGUCAAAACAGAAAAACUUGAAACUGUUAGAGAAAGGGAGCAAAGAACACAACAAAGAGAAGCUAUCAGAAAGAAAUAUUCCAACAGAGCUAACAUGAGCUCACGCGCCCGUAGGGUGGAUGAAAACUUGGCAGAGGAAGAGCGGCUGAUAGGAAAAAGGGCCCGCCUGCUUGAAAACUCUGAGAAAAGUUGGCUCCGCAAGUGCUUCUUGCUUCUAAGACCAUUUGAGAUUAUUUUUGGAGUUGUUUUCUUUCUCAUGGCCAUACUUGUUUUUGUCUCAUUGCUACUUACAAACAUUGAUAAAACAAUGCACAGUUUGGGGUACUUGAGUGGAUAUGCACUACCAGAAAGACAUCUACCUAAUCCAGUGGAUAUUGUUCUUGUUUUUAGUCAGCAGGCCUUUCCUGUGGACUAUGUCAUGAUGGUGGCAAUAAUUGCCUAUUUUGUGCUUUGUUCAAUGUCAGGAAUCAGAAACAUUGGAAUAUGGUUUUUGUGGAUCAAGAUGUACAAGAUUCGUCCUCGUCGUACUAGUCCCCAAGGGCUUUUGAUGUUUUGUAUGAUCUUGAUGUUCAUUGUCCUGGCUAUCAAUAUUGUACUGUAUGAACUUACACCACAGUACUCAUCAUUUGGAAGCCAGCAUUACGUAAAUGUUACAGGUUUUGGAAACAGUACAUCCACAGUGAUAAAACAAUGUACUACAGAAGUUAGCGAAGAUUAUUGUGUCAUCACAAGAAUGACUCUCCUGCUGGUUAGAUUCUUCUUCAAGAUGUGGUUCUUUGGUGCUGCCUACUAUUGGUUGACUUGGGUGUUUCUUGGGACCUUCCUGAUUGGAUUUAUUGUGGCAGUAAUAAAGAAGAAGCGUUCUGCAAUAAGUGGUGAAGUUGAUGAGGAUGACUUUGAAGAAAGUGACGAUGAUAUGCUUAGAGGCUAACUAUCAUUGUUAAUAUGUAUAAUUGUAUACUUUGAUAUUUUAAUUUUUUGCACAAUCAUUGAUGCUUUUUACUGAAAACUGUAUUGAUAUUAAACUAUUUCAUGUCAAGCUGUUAUUAGCAAUUAUUCACUUAUAGCUUUUAUAGAUAAAUCUUUUUAAUUUCAAAUUGUGAAAUUUGUGCAUUGUUUAAUAGCAGUUUUUUGUUUUUUCAUAUAGAGAGAAGAGGAAAGAUAAAUAGAAAUAUAGACUUGUUCAGAUUUAUAUAGACAGAUGUAGUCAUAAAUAUAAUUAUUCCUUGACACUAGAUUAUGUGUUUCAAAAUAUUUCCGUGAUGUUUUUCAACGUCUUUUUUUUAGCUUGUUUGAAAAUUGUGUUAAAAUAUGUUGUAUGUACAAAAAGCAAUGCUGGAAUAAAUUAACAAUGCUAAAGUUGGAUUAGGAAUGUUUAUUGACCAGGUAACCAAAUCAGAGACUACAUGCUGAAAACUAAUUUUUUUUUUCUGUUUGUAAUAUGAUCAUGCACUGUAAAAACCACAAAAUUGACUAAUAAAAAACUUGAUGUUAUACAAUGAAA